AUGGCGCUGAGGUGGGGUGCCACCCUGGUAUUGGCCGCCAUGCUGCUGGUUUACUGUGGCGCCUCCCCCACCGACAUUCUCUACCGGAUGCGCGAGGAGCAGCCUCCCAACACGUUGAUCGGCAGCCUGGCAUCGGAUGAGGGCCUGCCUGACUCGGGCCACCUGUACAAGCUGGAGGUGGGCAGCCCUUACCUUCGUGUGGAUGGCAAGACGGGUGACAUCUAUACCACGGAUAGCCCCAUUGACCGUGAGACGCUGCGGGACUGCCGCAACUUGUUCGAGGGCGACAAGUGCUUCCUGGAGUUCGAGGUGUCCAUCACGGACCUGAUGCAGGGCCAGGGACCGCGGCUGAUUGAGGGCCUCAUCGAGGUGCAGGACGUUAAUGACAACACACCCCAGUUCGCCUCGCCCAUCCUCACACUGUCCAUCCCAGAGAACACACACAUCGGGGCCGUCUUCUUCAUCCCCAUGGCCAGCGACAAGGACUCGGGCCACAAUGGCGUGGCCGAGUAUUCACUUAGUGCCGGGCCUAACGCCGACCAACUCUUCAGCCUACAGGUGGCCGAGGACACGGAUGAGAAGUUGCCGCAGCUCAUCGUCAUGGGCAACCUGGACCGCGAGCAGAAAGACUCAUAUGACCUUAACAUCCGCGUGGUGGACGGGGGCACACCGCCGCGCGCCAGCAGUGCCCUGCUGAGGGUCACCGUCACCGACCAGAAUGACAAUGCACCCAAGUUCGAGAGGAGCCACUACGAGGUUGAGCUGGCCGAGAACAGCCCAAUGGGACACUCAAUUCUGCAGGUACAAGACACACAUAUACCUACAGCACAUACACACAGACUAUUUCAUUUUUUUUUUUUUUUUACAGUUUAGUCAUUUAGCAGACCAGAGUGACUUACAGUUAGGUUGACCUACACUCAUAGACUCACUCACUCACUCACUCAUUCACUCACUCACACACUGUCUCUCUCUCCCUCUUUCAGAGCAUUUCAAACAUGAAAAUAACUGACAUUUCUUGCUGUGUGGCCAAUUGUUUUAGUAAAAAACAAAAACAAGUAGAUUCAGUCCAUUAUUUAUUUAUUUAUUUUUUAAACAGCCUUUAAACUCAGACUUUGCGGUUCAGCUAUUCAACUCCCCACACCAAAUGUAUUCUUCACAAAUGAGAUCUGGUGGAGAGACUGGGUGAGAGAGGAGCUGUUGAACUAACUCUCACUGACAUCCCAAGAGCCCGGAAGCCCCUCAAACUCCACUUGACAAACACCCUUAUUACAUAAGGCUCCCUCUUUCCCACGGGGCCCGUGCACCGAUGCAAAACAACAGGGUUAAGGUUAAGAAAAUUAUUAAACCAAAUCAUAUUCUCCUCAGCAAAUACAUUGUUCUUCCUCUUCCCUCUGUCACUUAAACAUCAGCUUUAGAAAACACUAUUGAAUUAUUGACAGGUUCUGAGAAUUGCAUAUUGGAUUGCAAUGCAAACACAGCCGUUAACGUGAGCCCUACAGUUGGCCGGGUUCCAGGAGCAAUUUGAGGCAAAGUGUCCAGGCAUGAAAUUGGUAUAAAUACUGUUCAUCUCUUAGUCAACAAUUAGUCCAUGUGAUCAUGAACGUCUCAAGAGUAUUUACUUUCAUGAUUAUCUUGCUAAGGGAGCAGUGGCAAUUGAAAGGCAAGGGAAUAAAAAUUGACUAAUUUGAUGACUUAAAGGAGAAAUCCACUCCAAAACUAUAUUUUUAUUUAUUUUUUAUUAGUCAACUGUUGAUACAGUCCCAAAAUGUUUUGCAUGUCAAAAGUCAUGUUUUCAAGAUAUAGGAUUUUCAAGAAGCAGUGUAACUUUCCACAUCAUCAUGAUGCUGCAUUUUGCAUGUGUCAAGUUACACUUUGCUUCUUGAAAGUCCAAUAUCUUGAACACUUGACUGCUGACAUGCAAAACAUUUGUGACUGUAUUACCAGUGGACUAAUGGAAAAAAUACAAAAACAUUGUUUGUGAGUGGACUUUUCCUUUAAACAGGUCAGACGUGUCAAUCAAGCAUUUCUUCUUCCUCAAUGGAAGUCUCUUCAAAUUCCUGUUAACGAUUCCCUUAUGUUCCGGGUCAAUUUGAUGUAAUCUUUCCACCAUGACCCUUCAUCUACAUACCUAAGUAUGGGUCUCAAAAUUGUAAAACACGUAAUAAAAAACAGUAUAAUAAUAAUAGACCCAGUACCGGAAAAGUGAAGUCCAUGAUGUUCUGGGAAAACUAGACCUGCAAUUUGACCCGUUCUAUUUGACCUUGACCUUGGUCAAUAUACACUACAUGGCCUCCUGCUCGUCGAACAUCUCAUUCCAAAAUCAUGGGCAUUAAUAUGAAGUUGGUCCCCCCUUUGCUGUUGUAAGAUCCUCCACUUUUCUGGGAAGGCUUUCCAAUAGAUGUUGGAACAUUGCUAAAGGGACUUGCUUCUAUUCAACCACAAGAGCAUUAGUGAGGUCAGGCACUGAUGUUGGGCGAUUAGGCCUGGCUCUUAGUCGGCGUUCCAAUUCAUCCCAAAGGUGUUCAAUCAAAUCAAAUCAAAUUGUAUUUGUCACAUACACAUGUUUAGCAGAUGUUAUUAUCAAAUCAAAUCAAAUCAAAUUUUAUUGGUCACAUGCGCCGAAUACAACAGAUGCAGACAUUACAGUGAAAUGCUUACUUACAGCCCUUAACCAACAGUGCAUUUAUUUUAAACAAAAAAGUAAGAAUAAAACAACAACAAAAAAGUGUUGAGAAAAAAAGAGCAGAAGUAAAAUAAAGUGACAGUAGGGAGGCUAUAUAUACAGUAAAAUAAAGUGACAGUAGGGAGGCUAUAUAUACAGGGGGGUACCGUUGCAUAGUCAAUGUGCGGGGGCACCGGCUAGUUGAGGUAGUUGAGGUAUGGGUGUAGCGAAAUGCUUGUGCUUCUUGAUCCGACAGUGCUAACAAGUAUAUCUAACAUCUAACAGAUAUCUAACAAGUAAUAUGUAACAAUUUCACAACAUAUACCCAAUACACACAAAUCUAAGUAAGGAAUGAAUUAAGAAUAUAUGCAUAUAUACAGUACCAGUCAAAAGUUUGGACACACCUACUCAUUCCAGGGUUUUUCUUUAUUUGUGCUAUUUUCUACGUUGUAGAAUAAUAGAGAAGACAUCAAACUAUGAAAUAAUACAUAUGGAAUCAAGUAGUAACCAAAAAAGUGUUAACCUCUUAAGGAUCUGACCUUUUUUUUCAAUUUUUGCCAAAAAUGACAUACCCAAAUCUAACUGCCUGUAGCUCAGGACCUGAAGCAAGGAUAUGCAUAUUCUUGAUACUAUUUGAAAGGAAACACUUAGAAAUUUGUGGAAAUGUGAAAUUAAUGUAGGAGAAUAUAACAUAUUAGAUCUGGUAAAAGAUAAUACAAACAAAAAAAUGUGCAUUUUCUAUUAUUUAUUUAGAUCCAUCAUCUUUGAAAUGCAAGAGAAAGGCCACAAUAUAAUAUUGCAGUUUAGGCGCAAUUUAGAUUUUAGCCAUCAGAUGGCAGUAGUGGGUGUGCAACAUUUCAGAUUGAUCCAGUGAAGCAUUGCAAUACUGGACUGUAUUUUCGACAUAAAGUCGAAAAAUACAACAGAAAAUAUAUAUACAGUGUGUGCAAAUGUAGCAAGUUAUGGAGGUAAGGCAAUAAAUAGGCUAUAAUGCAAAAUAAUUACAAUUAGUAUUAACACUGGAAUGAUAGAUGUGCAAGAGAUAAUGUGCAAAUAGAGAUACUGGGGUGCAAAUGAGCAAAAUAAAUAACAAUAUGGGGAUGAGGUAGUUGGGUGGGCUAAUUUCAGAUGGGCUGUGUACAGAUGCAGCGAUCGGUAAGCUGCUCUGACAACUGACGCUUAAAGUUAGUGAGGGAGAUAAGAGUCUCCAGCUUCAGAGAUUUUUGCAAUUCGUUCCAGUCAUUGGCAGCAGAGAACUGGAAGGAAUGGCGGCCAAUGGAGGUGUUGGCUUUGGGGAUGACCAGUGAGAUAUACCUGCUGGAGCGCAUACUACGGGUGGGUGUUGCUAUGGUGACCAAUGAGCUAAGAUAAGGCAGGGAUUUGCCUAGCAGUGACUUAUAGAUGACCAGGAGCCAGUGGGUUUGACGACGAACAUGUAAUGAGGACCAGCCAACAAGAGCGUACAGGUCACAGUGGUGGGUAGUGUAUGGGGCUUUGGAGACAAAACGGAUGGCACUGUGAUAGACUACAUCCAAUUUGCUGAGUAGAGUUUUGGAGGCUAUUUUGUAAAUGACAUCGCUGAAGUCAAGGAUCGGUAGGAUAGUCAGUUUUACGAGGGCAUGUUUGGCAGCAUGAGUGAAGGAGGCUUUGUUGCGAAAUAGGAAGCCGAUUCUAGAUUUAACUUUGGAUUGGAGAUUCUUAAUGUGAGUCUGGAAGGAGAGUUUACAGUCUAACCAGACACCUAGGUAUUUGUAGUUGUCCACAUACUCUAGGUCAGACCCGUCGAGAGUUGUGAUUCUAGUCGGGUGGGCGGGUGCCAGCAGCGUUCGAUUGAAGAGCAUGCAUUUAGUUUUACUAGUGUUUAAGAGCAGUUGGAGGCUACUGAAGGAGUGUUGUAUGGCAUUGAAGCUCGUUUGGAGGUUUGUUAACACAGUGUCCAAUGAAGGGCCAGAUGUAUACAAAAUGGUGUCGUCUGCGUAGAGGUGGAUCUGAGAGUCACCAGCAGCAAGAGCGACAGCAAUGAUAUACACAGAGAAAAGAGUCGGCCCAAGAAUUGAACACUGUGGCACCCCCAUAGAGACUGCCAUAGGUCUAGACAACAGGCCCUCCGAUUUGACACAUUGAACUCUAUCUGAGACGUAGUUGGUGAACCAGGUUAGGCAGUCAUUUGAGAAACCAAGGCUAUUUAGUCUGCCAAUAAGUAUGCGGUGGUUGACAGAGUCGAAAGCCUUGGCCAGGUCGAUGAAGAUGGCUGCACAGUACUGUCUAUUAUCGAUCGCGAUUAUAAUAUCGUUUAGGACCUUGAGCGUGGCUGAGGUGCACCCAUGACCAGCUCGGAAACCGGAUUGCAUAGCGGAGAAGGUACGGUGAGAUUCGAAAUGGUCGGUGAUCUGUUUGUUAACUUGGCUUUCAAAAACUUUCGAAAGGCAGGCCAGGAUUGAUAUAGGUCUGUAACAGUUUGGACCUAGAGUGUCACGCCCUUUGAAGAGGGGGAUGACCGCGGCAGCUUUCCAAUCUCUGGGGAUCUCAGAUGUUACGAAAGAGAGAUUGAACAGGCUAGUAAUAGAGGUUGCGACAAUUUCGGCAGCUCUUUCAGAACAUCAGCUGUCUGAAUUUGUGUGAAGGAUAAGCGGGGGGGGGGGGCAUGGGCAAGUUGCAGCGGAGGGUGCAGAGCUGGUGGCCGGGGUAGUGGUAUCCAGGUGGAAAGCAUGGCCAGCCGUAGGAAAAUGCUUGUGGAAAUUCUCGAUGAUUAUAGAUUUAUCGGAUGGUGAUAGUGUUUCCUAGCCUCAGUGCAGUGGGCAGCUGGGAGGAGGUGCUCUUAUUCUCCAUGGACUUUACAGUGUUCCAAAACUUUUUGGAGUUAAUGCUACAGGAUGCAAAUUUCUGUUUGAAAAAGUUAGCCUUUGCUUUCCUAACUGCUUAUGUAUAUUGGUUCCUGACUUCCCUGAAAAGUUGCAUAUCGCGGGGCCUAUUUGAUGCUAAUGCAGUGCGCCACAGGAUGUUUUUGUGCUGGUCAAGGGCAGUCAACUCUGAGGAGAACAGGGGCCAUAUCUGUUCUUAGUUCUGUAUUUUUUUAAUGGGGCAUGUUUAUUUAAGAUUGAGAGGAAAUUACUUUUAAAGAACAACCAGGCAUCCUCUACUGACGGAAUGAGAUCUAUAUCCAUCCAGGAUACCUGGGCCAGGUCAAUUAGGAAGGCCUGCUCGCUAUAGUGUUUUAGGGAGCUUUUGACAGUCAUGAGGGCUGGUCGUUUGACUGCGGACCCAUUACGGACGCAGGCAAUAAGGCACUGAUCGCUGAGAUCCUGGUUGAAGACAGCGGAGGUGUAUUUAGAGGGUAAGUUAGUCAGGAUGAUAUCUAUGAGGGUACCCAUGUUUACGGAUUUAGGGUUGUACCUGAUAGGUUCGUUGAUAAUUUGUGUGAGACUGAGGGCAUCUAGUUUGGAUUGUAGGACGGCCAGGGUGUUAAGCAUAUCCCAAUUUAGGUCACCAAGCACUACGAGCAAUGAGGAUAAAUGGUGGGCAAUCAAUUCACAUAUGGUGUCCAGGGCACAGCUUGGGGCUGAGGGGGGUCUGUAGCAAGCGGCAACAGUGAGAGACUUAUUUCUGGAAAGGUGGAUUUUUAGAAGUAGAAGCUCAAACUGUUUGGGCACAGACCUGGAUAGUAUGAUAGAGCUCUGCAGGCUAUCUCUACAGUAGAUUGCAUCUCCACCACUUUUGGCAGUUCUAUCGAGAUAGAAAAUGUUGUAGUUGGGGAUGGACAUUUCAGAAUUUUUGGUGGCCUUCCUAAGCCAGGAUUCAGACACUACUAGAACAUCAGGGUAGGCGGAGUGUGCUAAUGUAGUGAAUAACUCAAACUUAGGAAGUAGAAUUCUGAUGUUAACGUGAAGAAAACCAAGGCUUUUAUGGUUACAGAAGUCAACAAAUGAUAGCUCCUGGGGAGUAGGAGUGAUACUGGGGGCUGCAGGGCCUGGGUUAGCCUCUACAUCACCAGAGGAACAGAGGAGGACUAGAAUAAUGAUACGGCUAAAGGAUUUAAGAACUGGUCUUCUAGUGCGUUGGGUACAGAGAAUAAUAGCGGCAGAUUUCCGGGCUUUGUAGAAAAGAUUCAGGGCAUUAUGUACAGACAAGGAUAUGGAAGGAUAUGAGUACAGUGGAGGUAAACCUAAGUGUUGGAUAACAAUAAAAGAUAUAGCAUCACUGGAGGCACCGAUAGAGCUGGUCUCGGCGUGUAUGGGGGGUGGAACAAAGGAACUAUUUGAGGCAGUUUGAGAGGAACAUGGGGUUCUACAGUGAAAUUGUAUAAUAGGAACUAACUGGAACAGCAAUAGGCAAGGCAUAUUGACAUGGGAGAGAGGCAUAAAUCAAUCACAGAUGUUAUUAGAGAGAGCUAAGACAACAACUGGUAAUGGCGAUAAAGUUUGGGCUGAGGCUAAACAGAAUAAACAGGACAGGGUACCGUGUAAAGGAACAGUCCAGCAGGCAUCAGCUGUGCAGCUGAGUGAUCAUAAGGUCCAGUGAACAGCAGUUCAAAUUGGUGCUUCAGCACAGCGAGAAGGAAGCACGGUUGUAGUUUGUGUGUGCUAGCGGGCCGGGGCUAGCAGAUGGAUCUUUGUGGUCGUCGCAACGGGAAGCCUGUUGAAACCACUGACGAUUACAUCGGCAAACCAGUCGUGAUAGAUCGGCAGGGCUCCGUGUCGACUCUAGGAGGUCCCGUCCGGUUGACAGAGAGGUAGAUAGCCGGGAGAUCUGCUUGACUCAAGGCUAGCUCAAGGCUGAUUAGCUAACAACAACGUUCAUUUGGUUGGAGCUAGAUAGUUGUGAUUAUCCAGUGUUAAAGGUCCAGUGAUUCCGGCAGAAAAUCCGAUAGGUUCUGGGUCGAUAACUCGCUGUGCAGACAGUGCAGACUGGCCGAUAACAGUCCAGACUAGAGCUGGCUGGUAGGUAGUGCAGGACAUGGACAAUGGAGAAAAAGCCGCUAACGGUGGCUAAUAGCAAGUAGCUAGUUAGCUGGUUAGCUGGCUACUCCCGUCCGGUAGACAAAGAGGUAGAUAGCCGGGGCUAGCUCAAGGCUCAAGGCUAACUGGUGCUACGAGGGCACACCUGUUAAUUGAAAUGCAUUCCAGGUGACUAGCUCAUGAAGCUGGUUGAGAUAAUGCCAAGAGUGUGCAAAGCUGUCAUCAAGGCAAUGGGUGGCUAUUUUGAAGAAUCUCAAUUAUAAAAUAUUUUUGAUUUGUUUAACACUUUUUUGGUUACUACAUGAUUCCAUAUGUAUUAUUUCAUAGUUUUGAUGUCUUCACUAUUAUUCUACAAUGUAGAAAAUAGUAAAAAUAAAACCCUUGAAUGAGUAGGUGUGUCCAAACUUUGACUGGUACUGUACAAAUAUGGACGAGCGAUGUCAAAGCGGCAUGGAAUAAGAUACAGUAGAAUAGUAUAGAAUACAGUAUAUACAUAUUAGAUGAGUAAUGCAAAAUAUGUAAACAUUAUUAAAGUGGCUAGUGUUCCAUUUCUUAAAGUAGCCAGUGAUUUCUAGUCUAUGUCUAUAGGCAGCAGCCUCUAAUGUGCUAAUGAUGGCUGUUUAACAGUCUGAUGGCCUUGAGAUAUAAGCUGUUUUUCAGUCUCUCGGUCCCAGCUUUGAUGCACCUGUGCUGACCUCACCUUCUGGAUGAUAGCGGGGUGAACAGGCAGUGGCUCGGGUGGUUGAUGUCCUUGAUUAUAUUUUUGUCCUUCCUGUGACAUCAGGUGCUGUAGGUGUCCUGGAGUGCGGGUAGUUUGCCCCUGUUAAUACGUUGGGCAGACCGCCCCACCCCCUGGAGAGCCUUGCAGUUGUGGGCGGUGCAGUUGCCGUACAAGGCGGUUAUACAGCCCGACAGGAUGCUCUCAAUUGUGCAUCUGUAAAAGCUUGUGAAGGUUUUAGGUGCCAAGACACCUUUCUUUAGCCUCCUUGAGGUUGAAGAGGCUCUGAUGCGCCUUUUUCACCACAUUGUCUGUGUGGGUGGUCCAUUUCAGUUUGUCAGUGAUGUGUAUGCCAAGCAACUUCUCCACUGUGGUCCCGUCGAUGUGGAUAGGGGGGUGCACCCUCUGCUGUUUCCUGAAGUCCACGAUCAUCUCCUUUGUUUUGUUGAUGUUGAGUGAGAGGUUAUUUUCCUGGCACCACAUUCCCAAAGACCUCACCUCCUCCCUGUAGGCUUUCUCGUCAUUGUUGGUUAUCAAGCCAACUACUGUUGUCUGCAAAGUUGAUGAUUGAGUUGGAGACGUGCUUGGCCACGCAAUCAUGGGUGAACAGGGAGUACAGGCUUGGGCAGAGCACGUACCCUUGUGGGGCCCCAAUGUUUAGGAUCAGCGAAGUGGAGGUGUUGUUUCCUGCCUUUACCACCCGGGGGCUGCCUGUCAGGAAGUCCAGGACCCAGUUGCACAGGGCGGGGUUCAGACCAAGGGCCUCAAACUUAAUGAUGAGCUUGGAGGGUACUAUGGUGUUUAAUGAUGAGCUGUAGUCAAUGAACAGCAUUCUAACAUAGGUAUUCCUUUUGUCCAGAUGGGAUAGGGCAGUGUGCAGAGUGAUGGCGAUUGAAUCGUCUGUGGAUCUAUUGGGGCGUUAAGCAAUUUGAAGUGGGUCUAGGAUGGCAGGUAAGGUAGAGGUGAUAUGAUCCUUGACUAGUCAAUGGGGUUGAGGUCAGGGCUCUGUGGAGGCCAGUCAAGUUUUCCACAUCGUUCUCGGCAAACCAUUUCUGUAUGGACUUCGCUUCGUCCACGGGGACAUUGUCAUAUUGAAACAGGAAAGGGCCUUCCCCAAACUGUUGCCACAAAGAUGGAAGUACAGAAUCGUCUAUAAUGUCAUUGUAUGCUGUAGCAUUAAGAUGUCAAUUCACUGGAACUAAGGGGCCUAGCCCGAACCAUGAAAAACAGCCACAGACCAUUAUUCCUCCUCCACCAAACUUUACAGUUGGCACUAUGUACUGGGGUUGGUAGUGUUCUCCUGGCAUCUGCCAAACCCAGAUUUGUCCGUCCGACUGCCAGAUGGUGAAACGUGAUUCAUAAUUUCCACUGCUCCUGAGUCCAAUGGUGACGAGCUUUCCACCACUCCAGCCGAAUUUUGGCAUUGCGCAUGGUGAUCUUAGGCUUGUGUGCGGCUGCUCGGUCAUGGAAACCCACAUCAUGAAGCUCCUGACUAACAGUUAUUGUGCUGACGUUGCUUCCAGAGGCAGUUUGGAACUCGGUAGUGAGUGUUGCAACGAGGACAGACUAUUUGUACGCGUUACGUGCUUCAACACUCGGCGGUCCUGUUCUGUGAGCUUGUGUGGGCUACCACUUCGCGGCUGAGCCGUUGUUGCUCCUAGACGUUUCCAUUUCACAAUAACAGCACUUACUCCAUUUAAUCCAAACAGCACACCAGAUAGAGUGGGGAAAAAAAGUAUUUAGUCAGCCACCAAUUGUGCAAAUUCUCCCACUUAAAAAGAUGAGAGAGGCCUGUAAUUUUCAUCAUAGGUACACGUCAACUAUGACAGACAAAUUACCUGUCCACAACCUCAAACAGUCACACUCCAAACUCCACUAUGGCCAAGACCAAAGAGCUGUCAAAGGACACCAGAAACAAAAUUGUAGACCAGCACCAGGCUGGGAAGACUGCAUCUGCAAUAGGGAAGCAGCUUGGUUUGAAGAAAUCAACUGUGGGAGCAAUUAUUAGGAAAUGGAAGACAUACAAGACCACUGAUAAUGUCCCUCGAUCUGGGGCUCCAUGCAAGAUCACACUCCGUGGGGUCAAAAUGAUCACAAAUCAGCAAAAAUCCCAGAAAUGAGCAAAAAUCCCAGAACCACACGGGGGGACCUAGUGAAUGACCUGCAGAGAGCUGGGACCAAAGUAACAAAGCCUACCAUCAGUAACACACUACGCCGCCAGGGACUCAAAUCCUGCAGUGUCAGACGUGUCCCCCUGCUUAAGCCAGUACAUGUCCAGGCCCGUCUGAAGUUUGCUAGAGUGCAUUUGGAUGAUCCAGAAGAGGAUUGGGAGAAUGUCAUAUGGUCAGAUGAAACUAAAAUAUAACUUUUUGGUAAAAACUCAACUCGUCGUGUUUGGAGGACAAAGAAUGCUGAGUUGCAUCCAAAGAACACCAUACCUACUGUGAAGCAUGGGGGUGGAAACAUCAUGCUUUGGGGCUGUUUUUCUGCAAAGCGACCAGGACGACUGAUCCGUGUAUAGGAAAGAAUGAAUGGGGCCAUGUAUCGUGAUAUUUUGAGUGAAAACCUCCUUCCAUCAGCAAGGGCAUUGAAGAUGAAACAUGGCUGGGUCUUUCAGCAUGACAAUGAUCCCAAACACACCGCCCGGGCAACGAAGGAGUGGCUUCGUAAGAAGCAUUUCAAGGUCCUGGAGUGGCCUAGCCAGUCUCCAGAUCUCAACCCCAUAGAAAAUCUUUGGAGGGAGUUGAAAAUCUGUGUUGCCCAGCGACAGCCCCAAAACAUCACUGCUCUAGAGGAGAUCUGCAUGGAGGAAUGGGCCAAAAUACCAGCAACAGUGUGUGAAAACCUUGUGAAGACUUACAGAAAACGUUUGACCUGUGUCAUUGCCAACAAAGGGUAUAUAACAAAGUAUUGAGAAACUUUUGUUAUUGACCAAAUACUUAUUUUUCACCAUAAUUUGCAAAUAAAUUCAUAAAAAAUCCUACAAUGUGAUUUUUUGGAUUUUUUUCCUCAUUUUGUCUGUCAUAGCUGACGUGUACCUAUGAUGAAAAUUACAGGCCUCUCUCAUCUUUUUAAGUGGGAGAACAUGCACAAUUGGUGGCUGACUAAAUACUUUUUUUCCCCACUGUAUGUAUAUUAUUUUACUUCUCUAGGGGUAUAAUUAUUUUCUGGAGAACCUUAUUUGAUUGAUUUUUACCGAACAUUCUUUCACUCUUUAUGCGAUAUACACUGCAGUGAACACUGGAAGAAGAAUUGUCACUGAAUUACCACAGUGAAUUAUUUUAAUGUUUGUUUAUGUGUCAAUUAAUCCCAUAAGGCAUGGGUUGCCAAUUGGCGAUUUGACACGAAAAUAAUAUGUUAUUCAUACAGUUGAACAUGGCAGCUCUAGCAGGGCAGACAUUUGACGAUCUGACUUGUUGGAAAGGUGGCAUCCUAUGACGGUGCCACGUUGAAAGUCACUGAGCUCUUCAGUACAGGCAAUUCUACUGCCAAUGUUUGUCUAUUGAUAUUGCAUGGCUGUGUGCUCAAUUUUAUACACCUGUCAGCAAUGGGUGUGGCUGAAAUAGCCAAAUCCACUAAUAUGAAGGAGUGUAACUUUUGAGGCUGAGCAACACAGGUCUGAAGUCAGUUUGACCAGCAAUUUGACCUUGGCCUACUUAACUUUUGAACAGUGUGUCCUAGAAACAAGACAUUUUCUGUACAGGAAUGGUGCUACCAUUCUGAUCACGUACAGUGGGGGAAAAAAGUAUUUAGUCAGCCACCAAUUGUGCAAGUUCUCCCACUUAAAAAGAUGAGAGAGGCCUGUAAUUUUCAUCAUAGGUACACGUCAACUAUGACAGACAAAUUGAGGAAAAUAAAUCCAGAAAAUCACAUUGUAGGAUUUUUUAUGAAUUUAUUUGCAAAUUAUGGUGGAAAAUAAGUAUUUGGUCACCUACAAACAAGCAAGAUUUCUGGCUCUCACAGACCUGUAACUUCUUCUUUAAGAGGCUCCUCUGUCCUCCACUCGUUACCUGUAUUAAUGGCACCUGUUUGAACUUGUUAUCUGUAUAAAAGACACCUGUCCACAACCUCAAACAGUCACACUCCAAACUCCACUAUGGCCAAGACCAAAGAGCUGUCAAAGGACACCAGAAACAAAAUUGUAGACCUGCACCAGGCUGGGAAGACUAAAUCUGCAAUAGGUAAGCAGCUUGGUUUGAAGAAAUCAACUGUGGGAGCAAUUAUUAGGAAAUGGAAGACAUACAAGACCACUGAUAAUCUCCCUCGAUCUGGGGCUCCACGCAAGAUCUCACCCGUGGGGUCAAAAUGAUCACAAGAACGGUGAGCAAAAAUCCCAGAACCACACAGGGGGACCUAGUGAAUGACCUGCAGAGAGCUGGGACCAAAGUAACAAAGCCUACCAUCAGUAACACACUACGCCGCCAGGGACUCAAAUCCUGCAGUGCGAGACGUGUCCCCCUGCUUAAGCCAGUACAUGUCCAGGACCAUCUGAAGUUUGCUAGAGUGCAUUUGGAUGAUCCAGAAGAGGAUUGGGAGAAAGUCAUAUGUUCAGAUGAAACCAAAAUAUAACUUUUUGGUAAAAACUCAACUCGUCGUGUUUGGAGGACAAAUAAUGCUGAGUUGCAUCCAUACCUACUGUGAAGCAUGAGGGUGGAAACAUCAUGCUUUGGGGCUGUUUUUCUGCAAAGGGACCAGGACGACUGAUCCGUGUAAAGGAAAGAAUGAAUGGGGCCAUGUAUCGUGAGAUUUUGAGUGAAAACCUCCUUCCAUCAGCAAGGGCAUUGAAGAUGAAACGUGGCUGGGUCUUUCAGCAUGACAAUGAUCCCAAACACACCGCCCGGGCAGUGAAGGAGUGGCUUCGUAAGAAGUCCUGGAGUGGCCUAGCCAGUCUCCAGAUCUCAACCCCAUAGAAAAUCUUUGGAGGGAGUUGAAAGUCCGUGUUGCCCAGCGACAGCCCCAAAACAUUACUGCUCUAGAGGAGAUCUGCAUGGAGGAAUGGGCCAAAAUACCAGCAACAGUGUGUGAAAACCUUGUGAAGACUUACAAAAAACGUUUGACCUGUGUCAUUGCCAACAAAGGGUACAUAACAAAGUAUUGAGAAACUGUUGUUAUUGACCAAAUACUUAUUUUCCACCAUAAUUUGCAAAUAAAUUCAUAAAAAAUCCUACAAUGUGAUUUUCUGGAGAAAAAAAAUCUCUUUUUGUCUGUCAUAGUUGACGUUUACCUAUGAUGAAAAUUACAGGCCUCUCUCAUCUUUUUAAGUGGGAGAACUUGCACAAUUGGUGGCUGACUAAAUACUUUUUUUCCCCACUGUAUAAUAUGCUCAGAGGCUGAGCAACACUGAUUUGAAGUCAAUUUGAAGUCAACGUGACCAUGACCUUUGGCCUUGACUUUUGUGCUAGAGACAAAUGGUCUUCUGUGCAGUAAAGAUCUAUACAUUAUGAUCACAAGGAUAUAAGUAUGCUUUCCCUGUGAUGUUCAGAGGCCGACGGAUAGUGGUCAAAAGUUUGGCUAAAAAUAGGCUAAACAUUUCAUAAAAUGCAAUCAUUUGAUUGAUUUAUGGAUUUGGUACAGUAUUCUUUUGAACAGUUGGGUUUAUCAACUCAAGGGGAAAAGCAUAUGAAAGAGGACAUUCUCUGCUACUGGAACAUACAUUUGUGGAAGUUAUAAUCAUAUAUUUAUGUACUUAACUGGUCAAAUUGUCCCAGAACAUAAACGGUGAAGGCCGAAUUGAACAUACAUACCAAUCAAACGUUUGGACACACCUACUCAUUCAAGGGUUUUUUUUUUUAUUUUUACUAUUUUCUACAUUAUAGAAUAAUAGUGAAGACAUCAACACUAUGAAAUAACACAUAUGGAAUCAUGUAGUAACCAAAAAAGUGUUAAACAAAUCCAAAAAAAAUUAUAUUCGAGAUUCUUCAAAGUAGCCACCUUUUGCCUUCAUGACAGCUUUACACACUCUUGGCAUUCUCUCAACCAGCUUAAUGAGGUAGUCACCUGGAAUUGAUUUCAAUUAAUAGGUGUGCCUUGUUAAAAGCUAAUUUGUGGAAUUUCUUUCCUUCUUAAUGUGUUUGAGACAAUCAGUUGUGUUGCGUCAAGGUAGAAGGGGUAUACAGAAGAUAGCCCUAUUUGGUAAAAGACCAAGUCCAUAUUAUGGCAAGAACAGCUCAAAUAAUCAAAGAGAAACGACAGUCCAUCAUUACUUUAAGACAUGAAGGUCAGUCAAUCCGGAAAAUUUCAAGCACUUUGAAAGUUUCUUCAAGUGCAGUCGCAAAAACCAUGAAGCUCUAAGAUGAAACUGGCUCUCAUGAGGACCGCCACAGGAAAGAAUGACCCAGAGUUGCCUCUGCUGCUGAGGAUAAAUUCAUAAGAGUUACCAGCCUCAGAAAUUGCAGCAACUGUUCAGAGGGGACUGUGUAAAUCAGGCCUUCAUAGUCGAAUUGCUGCAAAGAAACCACUACUAAAGGACACCAAUAAGAAGAAGAGACUUGAUUGGGCCAAGAAACAUGAGCAAUGGACAUUAGACUGGUGGAAAUAUGUCCUUUGGUCUGUUGAGUCAAAAUUUCAGAUCUUUGGUUCCAACCGCCAUGUCUUUGUGAGACGCAGAGUAGGUGAACGGAUGAUCUCCGCAUGUGUGGUUCACAUCAUGAAGCAUGGAGGAGUUUGUGUGAUGGUGCUUUGUUGGUGACACUGUCAGUGAUUUAUUUAGAAUUCAAGGCACACUUAACCAGCAUGGCUACCACAGCAUUCUGCAGCGAUACGCCAUCCCAUCUGGUUUGCGCUUAGUGGGACUAUCAUUUGUUUUUCAACAGGACAAUGACCCAAAACACACCUCCAGGCUGUGUAAGGGUUAUUUUACCAAGAAGGAGAGUGAUGGAGUGCUGCAUCAGAUGACCUGGCCUCAACCCAAUUGAGAUGGUUUGGGAUGAGUUGGACCACAGAGUGAAGCAAAAGCAGCCAGCAAGUGCUCAGCAUAUGUGGGAACAACUUUUGGAAAAGCAUUCCUCAUGAAGCUGGUUGAAAGAAUGUGCAAAAGUGUCAUCAAGGCAAAGUGUUGCUACUUUGAAGAACCAAAAAUAUAAAAUAUAUUUUGAUUUGUUUAACAAUUUUUUCGUUGCUACAUGAUUCCAUAUGUGUUAUUUCAUAGUUUUCAUGUCUUCACUAUUAUUCUACAAUGUAGAAAAUAAUACAAAUAAAGUAAAACCCUUGAAUGAGUAGGUAUGUCCAAAACUUUGACUGGUACUGCAGGAAGGGUUAAGUUGAAUGAAUUCUGUUUUUUCUCUGGCAAGGAUGACAUGGAAUUAGUGUGUUAAAGGAUAUUUAAUGUUAUAAAGAUUACAGAAGUGGAUCUUGGUGUGUAAGGUGGUAAGGUGUCAGGUGUGAUGUUAAGUGUAACAGUGACACUACAAGGUUUGGUUAAUCAGUUAAAGGGAAUUCUUGGUUUACCAUUCUCAUUUGCUCAGUCCAUUUACACCAGAUAUACUCACAUACACAUAUAUGUAUACUGUGUAAUAAUGGGCCUAUAAUGGGAAUAAAAUACAUUAGGAUCCUUAUGACCAAAUUCACUGAGAUGACAUUCCCCCAUGUGUAGGUAACAGAGAUGUCUUGCUUGUGUCGUAAUGUAUUACUUCCUCUAAUCCCACAUUAAUAAAUACUAAAGUGUAUACUAUUGUACCAAUACUAUAGUAUCCACUGUAGUGUUUUUGCUGACUUUGCUUUAGUUUAAAACACUACAGUGAAAACUGUGGUAUACCGUAGCAUUUACAGUUUACUAUAGUAUACAUACUGUAGUAAAAUAAAGAGUAGUAUGUACUAUAGGUAUUACUGUAGUGUUUUUGCAGACUCUAGUAUACUGUAGUAUUUAUUGUAGUGUUUUUGUCGACUGUAGUAUACUGUAGUAUUUACUGUCGUUUUUUGGGGGACCGUAUUAUUUACUAAAGUGUUUUAGUUUUAUUAUCUUUGAAUAAUAAAAGAAGUGGGGUGCACAUUUUUCAUAACCUAUAGGUAGGUAGGACUGGGUUCAGCACUUCUGCUCUUUUCUAUAACCUGUAGGGAACACAAUAUAUGGUCUAUAGCAUGUAGAUUUCUCAGUUACGGGUGGCACAAAUUGGGAUAUGGAGGAGGGGAAUGGGCUGGCUAUAUGCAAAUGAAAUACUGUAGUAUUUACUGUAGUAAAACAAAUGUAGUGUUUUAGCGGACUGUAGUGUUUUUGCGGAUAUUUCUGUAGUGUUUACUACAGUGUUUUUUUGUGGAUAAUAACUAUUUACUAUAGUAUUCUACAGUAUACUACAGUUUACUACAGAAUUCUAUAUUAAGUACUGAAGUAUUCUACAGCAAACUGUAGUAUGUCUUAUGUGGAAUGCAAGUCUGUUCUCAGUAGCCUAUGGGAAAUGUCUUGUUUUGGCAAGGAUUACAAAGGCAGGACAAAGACAAUACAUUGCCACCAAUCCCUUUUGAUAAUGAGAGGAACAUUAACACUCUCAGUCAUUUAGCUGCUCACUCCAUUAGCUGCCAAUGACCCAUGUGACAAUCACUAGAUGUUUAUGUGUGGCUGCGCAUGCUUAGUCCAAAGCUAUGGGAAGAAUCAAUGCUUUGAUAGAAUCUAGGAGUGACUUUAGAGGUAAUUACAUAAAUUACAGGGAAUACAAUUGUUUUGUGGUUUUGAAAGUGGUAGGUUGUAGAAGCUAAAGACUCAUCUUUAUGUGUGUGUGUCCCCAGGUGAAAGCCAGCGAUGCUGACAUGGGCACUAAUAGGGAAAUCGACUACAGCCUGCACCAGGCCUCCGAUGCCAUCCAGAGACUGCUGCACAUCGACCACUCCACAGGCAUCAUAUACGUCAAGGGCCUGGUGGACCGAGAGGAGGAGAACUUCCUCAAAUUAUUCGUGAUAGCCAAGGACCGCGGCCCCAACUCCAAGAGCUCCAAAGUCCUGGUGACCAUAAACAUCAAAGACCAGAAUGACAACGCACCCUCCAUCGAGAUCCGCGGUAUCGGCCUAGUCAACCACCAAGACGGCGUGGCCAACAUCUCUGAGGACAUGCCCAUCGGCACGCCCGUGGCACUGGUGCAGGUGUCGGACCGCGACGAAGGGGAAAACGCAAUGGUCACCUGCGUGGUAGCUGGGGAAGUCCCCUUUCGAUUGCGGCCCGCCAGCGAGUCAGCCAACGACCGCAAGAGGAAGUACUUCCUGCAGACCACGACCCUGCUGGACUAUGAGCGCACCAAGGACUACAGGAUUGAGAUAGUAGCAGUGGACUCUGGAAACCCUGCUUUGUCCAGCACCAACUCCCUGAAGGUGCAAGUCACCGACAUGAAUGACAAUGCACCUGUCUUCUCCCCCACCCUGUUCGAGGUGGAUUUUGCAGAGGAGAACAAGCCAGGCGAUAAGGUCCUGGAUGUGUUGGCCACGGACGCGGACAGUGCCGCCAACGCAAAGCUGACUUACAGCAUCAUCAUGGAUUCGGCCACUAAGGGUCUCUUUGAGAUCGACCCCAAAACGGGAGAGGUGCGCGUGAGGAACACGCUGGACCGUGAGCACAGGGAGCACUACGAGUUCCACGUGGCGGCGGCCGAUAUGGGCACGCCUAGGCUGAGGGGGACGGCCACGGUGGUGGUCAAGGUGCUGGACCGUAACGACAACGACCCCAAGUUCAUGUUGAGUGGCUACAGCUUCUCCGUCUUGGAGAACAUGCCUCCGCUCAGCCCCGUCGGCAUGGUGACGGUCAUCGACGCAGAUAAGGGCGAGAACGCCAGGGUGCAACUAUCGGUGGAGCCUGACACCGGCCAGUUUUUCAUCCAGAACGGCACAGGCACUAUCCUCUCCAGCAUCUCCUUCGACCGCGAGAAGAAGAGCACCUACACUUUCCGUCUCAAGGCUAUUGAUGCCGGUGACCCUCCCAGGUCCUCUUACGUGAGCGUGACUAUCAACGUCUUGGAUGAGAACGAUAACGCCCCCUACGUCACCAAGCCCUCCAACUCCUCCUACAAGUUCCUCCCACCUCUCACCAACCCUGACACCAGCGUGGAAGUGGUAGAGGCCGAGGACAUCGACACAGGACCCAACGCCGAGCUGGUCUUUAGCAUCACCGGCGGGAACCCCUACGGACUCUUCCACAUUUCCCCCAACAAUGGAGAGAUCACCCUGGCUCAGGAGUUCACUCGCAAGCACAAUGGGCUCCACCGUCUGGUGGUGAAGGUGAGCGACAAAGGCAAGCACCCGUGCCACACCACCACCCUGGUCCACAUCUUCAUCAAUGACACCAUGGGGAACAUCACACUGAUCGAGUCUCUGGUGGGUCACAGCCUCUACACCCCUCUGGACAGAGACAUUGCCGGGGACCCCAACUACGCGCUGGCCCAGCGCAGCAACAUCCUGUGCGGCAGUCUGGCGGGCAUCGCCGGAGUAAUUCUGGUCAUUGUGGUGGUGGUGGUAAUCCGCCAUCGCCUGCAGAAGGACACCAAGAGUGGCUACCAAGCAGGCAAAAAGGAGAGUAAGGACCUGUACACUCCCAAAGCAGGGCCCAUGAAUGGCAAGGGCAAAAAGAGCAAGAAGGGCAAGGCGCACAAGCCCGCCAAGUCAGUGGAGGAGGACAAGGAGGCCAGCCUCCAGAAGGGCCUCAAGUUCAACCUUAUAAAUGAUAAUGUCAAUGACAGUCCCCGGAUCCACCUGCCCCUCAACUACCCCCCGGGUAGCCCCGACCUGGGCAGACACUACCGCUCCAACUCCCCUCUGCCCUCCAUCCAGCUGCAGCCCCAGUCCCCCUCCGCCUCCAUGAAGCACCAAGCCGUUCAGGACCUACCUGCCACCAACACCUUUGUGGGCACGGGUGACAACAACUCUACAGGCUCUGAUCAGUAUUCUGAUUACAGCUACAAGGCCAACCCGCCAAAAUACAGCAGCAAACAGGUAGGCGACUACUUCGUAAACAUGGCAGGGUACAACAGGAACAUUAUGUAG